AUGGUGUGGGGGUGUGGGGGUGGAGAGAGGGUGGUGUGGGGGUUGGAGACGAGGGUGGUGUGGGGGGGCGGAGACGAGGGUGGGUGGGGGGUGAGAGAGAGAGGGGCGGAGACGAGGGUGGUGUGGGGGGUGAGAGAGGGGCGGAGACGAGGGUGGGGGUGUAGAGAGGGCGGAGACCAGGGUGGGUGGGAGAGGGGCGGAGACGAGGGUGGUGUGGGGGGUGAGAGAGGGGCGCAGACGAGGGUGGUGUGGGGGGUGAGAGAGGGGCGGAGACGAGGGUGGUGUGGGGGGUGA